AUGGAUCAGGUCCGAGAUCCUAGCAUCUAUCAUCGGCUGCCUGCAAAUGCAACCUCUCGACAAUACGCCAUCCCCGCCGAUUCGGGUCCUUAUCGACGAGAUCGACAGAACGCUCCUCAAUUGUCCUAUUCCGAGCACGAAUCCCUUCGCUUGCGGAAGACACCACACGGCAGACUUCUUGAGCAGGAUACCACACCCCUCGAUAAGAGUGUCCAGUUUCCUGCCUCGAAACAUGUCCUCUUAUCGACUUCUCCCGACUUUCAACAAGCAGGCAUUGCUUUCUCCUCACAAUGGCCAGAUAUCAACCUCUUACCACAACCAGCCAGUCUCGGCGAAAUCGAUACGGGCAGAGAUGGCAGAUAUUCUCAAUCUUAUGUCACUACCAAGCCAUAUUCAUAUCGAGAAGCCUGGGAUUUCCCGGGCGGUCUUGACUCUAUGCUGAACCAGACUCUCCCUCCUCAACCCACACAGAGGUUCUUCCUCCAACAUGGCUCGAACAUUCCCACAGUACUUCCUGCAACUAUGCACUCUCAAUUCGGGCCUACUGCUUCUGCCGGCCAAGAAUGGUAUGGACCAUACUGGCCGGAUGGUACUUAUAAUCCCUACCGACCCGCUGCCGUGCGAGAUAGCCGAUUCUUCCCAAGAGCCCCCACGGAACGAUUCCCUCUGGACCAUAUACAGCAACCACAGACACUGCGUCGGUCUGGCCGACUGCCCGAUUUGCAGAGUAGCUCAUACUUACCUAGUCUUCCUCCGCUUGUCAUGAACAAUCCAAUGCCACCAUUGGACUUGCCAUCUUCAUCAAAGUGGCACAUACAACAGGCUCCAUACCCACCUGUACAGUAUCCAUAUGCGCAACACUAUCAACCUCACGAUCUGUCUGGUCCCGGUCUGGUGCCGCUUCCUCGACCUUCGCUAAUGUCGUUACAUCCUGGCCCAAGUUCGGAACGCAUUGCAUUUAGAGAUAAAUCAUUUGCUUGGGCUAAUCGCAUUUACAUCGAUCUUCUGGAGACAAUUAGGUGCAGCACAAAAAGCAUGCGAACGAAUGGGAACAACUUCACUCCAGGGUCCGCAAAUAAACUACCCAUCUUCCCGAAGCCCCCUCAGCGGACAGGAUCUCACUUUUCGGGCCAAACAAGUGGCAAAACAGGGCGAGAAUCCAAGUCCUCAAAGCCGUUGAUACGGAAUUCAAGUGACUCGGCCGUCUAUGACACUCCUUCGCGACCCCAGACCGCCAUAUAUCGCCCACAAGCUACGCAAUCUUUCAGUAAUUUCCUCUCUCUACAGGAUCCAGCUACUUCAAGCCAGUUCCCGAUGCCACUAUAUGAACCAAAGGAUAGAAUACCGGAGAUCUUGCCCCCACGUACAACUAUCUCAGCUCCGCAGAGGCGCCCGCCAACCUUUGAGGAAGCUACCAGCGCACUGAACACAAUGGUACUUCUGUGUCAAGAAGCCGAAGUUCCAUGGGUAGAUGGUAUGCUUCUGGCAGGGUGUUUGGCUUACGGCCUGGGUAACUUUGCCAAAGCCGAGGAAUGGUACUUGGCGGUCUUGAAGCAAGAUAGUAAUCAUGUGGAGGCCAUGUCGAAUCUUGCUGCAACCUAUCAUUCUCUCCAUCGACAAGAAGAUGCUCUCAACUACUGGUUCGAUGCUGUGAAACUGCGUCCCAGCUACUUUGAGGCUGUGGAACAUCUCAUUGGGCUGUUAUGUGCUACUCAUAGAGCACGGGAGGCUGUCCAGGUAAUCGAAUAUGUGGAGAGCACUCUGAAGCUCAAGUAUGACGACUCUUCUCAUUCGUGGGGUGAGUAUAGCGACGCAGAAAGUGAGACUCGCAGCCAUGCCUCGAGUAUUGCGACUGCAGCCUCGUAUGAGAAUGCUCACUACGAUUUCGACCUUGAACUUAAGAGUGUCAGCACCGGUCCCCAAUCCGAAUCUCAAGCUCCUGGAUUUGGUUCAAGUGGCUAUGCCAUUCCCGGUUGUGAUAACGGGCGUAUGCUAGCUUUGAUACAUGCCAAGGGAAACAUGCUAUACGCACUGGGCAACAACAAUGGUGCUGCGUCAGCAUUUGAGGAUGCCGUUCUUGUUUCUACAGGUCAACGCAGACAGGGUAUUCGCGGCUUGAUCCAUGAUAUUCUGAAAGCUUGCCUGUGUACGAUACGAGACCCGGAAUACGUGCGUUCGAAACUCGAGGGUAAGGAUCCGAUCCUGCUUGCACCUGAACACGCGGAAGCCACAGCAAGACACAUGUUCCCACCCGAGGGUGACCUGCCUGGUUUGGAACAUGUGAUCCCAUCUUUUGCCGUACAGGCUGCAAUUUCUACCACGAGCAAUUCGUUGCUGUCACUGGCCAAAAUCUACCAGGAUGGCAUGUCGACUGCUACGGAUAUCGGAAGCCUCAAAUCACCAAGCACAAGAGAGAUUCUUGCUCUGUACUACCUGUCGCUGUCUUUACAACGGAGCCCGUCCACAGCCAACAAUGUUGGCAUCCUGCUCGCUGGUGUGCAACAAAUCGUGCAUCGCGCACACUUGGCAGAUUUGAACUUCCCACAGAUAUCUAGCAUACCAGGUGUGGUAGCAGGCAGUGGAAUCUCACUUGCAUUGAUGUAUUACAACUAUGGUCUGAAUAUUGACCAAAAACAUGCCCACUUGUUCACCAACUUAGGCAGUCUUCUCAAAGAUAUUGGUCAGUUGAAUGCUGCCAUCAAGAUGUACGAACGGGCCGUGAGUUGCGAUGGUAAUUUCGAUAUCGCUCUGGCGAAUCUUGCAAAUGCUGUAAAAGACCAAGGCCGUGUUGCCGAAGCAAUCAAAUACUAUCAACGAGCUGUUAAAGCGAAUCCGGACUUUGCCGAGGCUGUUUGUGGACUUGCAACAGCGCUCAACUCAGUUUGCAACUGGCACAGCCGUGGUGGGAUUCGCGCAGCAGAUAUAGGGCGCGAUCGCUUGCAUGUGGAUGAGCGUGGAAUGAAACAUGAGCCAAAUCGGUCUUAUGGAUGGAUCAGCCGUGUUGUUGACAUUGUGGCUAAGCAGCUCCGAGACGGAGAAAGCUGGGGGUGCGGCACGUUAACUCCCUCUGUCAUUGAAACGCUAUGCCAACAAUUGGUAUAUCACAAGCAAUCAUCACGACCGAGUGAUCGGGUUCAGCUACACCAAAAUCUCCAACAGUCACUUAAGUACUGGUCUGGAAAGAAGUGGGAAGGCUCUCGCGUCGUACGACUCGUUGAACGGGCGAUACGUCAGAUUGGUUGGCAGUGGUAUCAAGACCGAUAUAAGCACCACAAGGAGUUUCCAGUCCAGACCUAUGCGCGGCCAUAUCUUCCCAACGCACUCUCAGCGCCGUCUGCGCCGACUGUUCUUCCGUUCCACACCUUUACCGCACCAUUGUCAGCAAAACAGGUUCGACAGAUUUCACAACGCAAUGCCCUACGCAUUUCGGUCUGUACGUUGAGGUCAGCCUGGCUUCCCAAGACUGUCUUUCCUCCGCCACCCCCACCGAGACCGUAUCUAAACGUGGGAUAUGUCAGUUCAGACUUCAAUAAUCAUCCCUUGGCUCACCUGAUGCAAUCUGUCUUUGGUUUGCACGAUAGAACUCGUGUCCGAGCCAUUUGCUACGCGACAACCGCAUCUGAUGGCUCAAUACAUCGUCAGCAGAUCCAGACGGAAGCACCCGUCUUUCACGAUGCGUCUUCUUGGAGUGUUGAGCGUCUUGUCAACCAGAUUGUCAGUGAUGAAGUGCAUAUUCUUGUCAACCUCAAUGGAUACACAAGGGGUGCUCGCAAUGAAGUUUUCGCUGCCCGUCCGGCUCCCAUCCACAUGUCUUUCAUGGGUUUUGCCGGUACACUAGGAGCCGAGUGGUGCGAUUAUGUUUUUGCUGACACGAUUUCUGUGCCACCAACCACGCUUUCUCCGUGGAGACGCAAUGUGGAUAUGGAAGAUCGUUUGAGAGCUGAUAGUCUCGUGGAAGACGCCGAAGAUUGGGUGUACUCGGAGAACGUCAUCUUUGCUCGAGACACAUUUUUCUGUGUCGACCACAAACAGAGUGCCCCUGACGCAGAGCGUGGUCCACCCAAUCUCAAAGACCCGGCGGCAAGAGAAGGGGCUUGGGAAAAGGAGCAGGCUGAUCGUUGGAAACUCAGGAAGGAGUUGUUCCCCACACUUUCGGAUACAGCUGUCAUCUUGGGCAAUUUCAACCAACUGUACAAGAUCGACCCUUCCACAUUUGCCAUGUAUCUCGAGAUCCUCAAGAAAGUGCCCAAUGCAGUCUUAUGGCUCCUGCGAUUCCCUGACUUGGGUGAACAAAACCUCCUCCAAUACGCACGAGACUGGGCAGACAAUGAAGUCGCCACUAGAAUCAUCUUCACGGAUGUCGCAGCCAAAGGCGCUCAUAUUACGCGUGCAUCUGUCGUGGAUUUAUUCCUUGACACACCAGAAUGCAAUGCUCACACCACAGCUGCUGACGUUGUAUGGUCUGGGACACCGAUCGUGACGUGGGGUAAGUGGAAGUAUAAAAUGUGCAGUCGUAUGGCUGGAAGUAUCGUUGCCAGUGCGCUCCCAGAAGGACGAGCUGGCACUGAUGCUCGUACUGAGCUUCUUGUCAAGAGCGAGAAACAAUAUAUCGAUACGGCAGUUGAUCUUGCAAGAGGUUUACGAUACCAGAAUAUCGGAGCUUCCUCUUCAUCCAAACCAGGUGGUGGCAAGGGAAGACUCAUGGAUUUACGGCGCAUGUUAUGGGAAGGCCGGUGGACUAGUCGACUAUUCGAUACCCAGCGGUGGGUGAGGGAUGUCGAACGCGCGUAUUGGUCUGCAUGGGAGAACUGGGAAAAGGGCGAAGGAGGUGAUAUUUGGUUAUGA